CACUGCCCCAAACGCGUGCACGCGCCGCUGCAACUCACCUUACCUUGCCUUGCCACCACCUAACGUUAAGCCGUAACCGAGCGCGAACUGCCAGCGCUGGCCAGUCCCGCUACCUAACACAAUUCAGACAACGGACUCGCGCCCCGCGCCACCUAACAAAACAUCAAUUAGCUCCCGGUCCCGCCGCGCAACCUCCCUACCGCGAGCCACUACAAAGUGCGCCACACUGCUUUCCAGUUCCCCAACCUCCACCACCUAGGGGGAACUACCUUACCUUACCCUACCGAAAAACCACCCGCAUCGCGGUCGGGAUUGCCGCAAAACCGCACGUCCCGCCACCGCCGCCGCCAUGUCGAGCCAGACGGGCAAGUGGCGCGAGGAGCAGGUCCUGGUCGUCUGCCCCGGCUCCCAGACCACCCUCGCCCAGCUCGGCUGCAACGAGCUCACGCCGCCCGUCCACCGCUUCCCCACGCGCAUGUUCCGUGACGAGGAGUCCGGGGAUUGGAGGCCGCAUCAUACUUUUAAGAGGAAGAAGGAGGGGAGUGGUGUCGUUGCUGUGGAGGGGGAGGGUGUGGGUGUGGGUGCUGCUGGGGAGGAGGUGUGGGAGUAUGUGGAGGAUGUGGACUCGGCGGAGGGGGCCGUUUAUCCUAUCCAGGCCGGCCGCAUCGCAAACAUGGACGCCUUCCUUGCCUUCCUCGAGCACGUCCACGCCCAGCUGACCACUACCUACCACAACACGCCGGUCAUGCUGAUGGCCUCGCCGCAGUGGACCCGCCCGGACUGCGAGACCAUUACCCGCUACGUCUUCGAGAAGACAAAGACCCCCGCCCUCUGCCUCAUCCACAGCGGCGUCGCCACGCAGUACGGCCUCAAGUGGCCCAACAUGACCGUCGUCGACGUCGGCUUCGAGAAGGUCGACAUCACCUGUAUCUACGACGGCCGCGUCGUUUCCCACAGGGAUGUCGGGCCCGACGAGGGGGCCAGCGGUGGAGAGGCCUUCACGAGGCGGCUGGUCAAGCUGCUGGAGACGAAGGGCUUCGACCACGAGAUGGCCGAGCAGCUGAAGAGGAGCGCCAUCUGCGAGGUGCUACCGUAUGCGCCUGAGCAGCCGGGGCUUAUGGAGCUGCCGGCGGAAACGGACGUUGCGGUCCUGGCUGUGGCCGCGGCGCCGGUGAGCGAGGGGCCAAAGAUUGUGGAGCCGGCGAAGAGUGCUGCGCCGGUUGGAGACGAUGACGUGAAUGGCGAGGCGAAAGAGCCCGAUGACGACGGCGUACUGGACGUCGCGAACAUUGUCGCGAGCGGGCAGACGAGGGAGUUUUUGGCCAAGAAGGAGAAGGAGAAGGCGGAGAAGGGGAAGCCUGGGCGGAAACCGAAGGACAAGGAGAAUGCCGCGGCCGACGCUGCCAAGGCCGCCAGAUUACCCAACUCGAAGAGGCUCCGGAACCUGUUCCACUACGAAGAGCUGGUCACGGAGGACGUUCCUGUCGCCCAGCCGGCCAAGGAGAACGGCGUCAAAGAGGUAGCCUCCGCCGAGGGGACGACAGAAGGCGAAAAUGGAGAUGCGCCCAAGGCAGAAGAACCGGCCACCGAAGAGCAACCACAGCCCGCCGAUGCCCAACCAGCAGAAAGCGCCGUAACGGCGACAGAGCGAGUGACCCGCCGCGUGCGUCGCGAUAUUGAGGUCGGCCUUGAGCGCUUCCAGUUCGCCGACCGCGAAGAAAUCGACCGCAUCGUGAUGGCCAUCUACAACGCAGUUCAGGGGAUCGAGGACAUGUACAUGCGCCCCGGCUGCUGGGAAAACAUCGUCUUCGUCGGCAACGGCGCCCGCAUCCGUGGCCUCCGCGACAACAUCCUACAAACCCUACAAGCGCGCCACCUCGUCUCCCCCAGCUCCGCCACCAUGUUCACCUCGGAGCUCCCCUCCAACAUGGGAACCCCCUCGGGAACGGGCUCCCAGACACCCACCUCCUCCUUCGCCGGCGCCCCGCACCAGCUCCCCACGACCAGCAGCGUCAACCCCCUCCUGCAAGCCGCUACCACGGCGAGCCUGGGCGUGCCCGGCGCCAACGUGGCGGGCUCUAACGCGGGCGACGCCGCCAACAGCACGAGCCACCACUUCCACAGCCAGACCCCGACCAACAUUCGUCUGGCACCGCUGCCGGCGUAUCUUACCGAGUGGACCAAGCACGGCUUCGAGGAGGCCAUGUUCCUGGGCGCCCAGGUCGCGGCCCGCCUGGCGUUUUGCAUACACAACUUGGACGCGCAGGGGUUGGAGGCGCAGCGGUUGAUGAGUUUGAGUCGGGUUGAUUAUAAUGAACUUGGCCCCAAGGGGAUCCGGUCGCAUUCUAUGCUUGGGUGAGGCAGGGCGAAGGAUAGGAGUAACAGUUUCGAUAGCGCAGCAUUGGCUAUCCGCAGUGUCUCUGGAGUUUGGGCCAAAAUCGUUUCAGAAGCGGAGUGGUGGACUGGCGCAGUUGGUAUCGUUUUGGUAUGUGAGACUAGAUACCUAACCUGUUCCAUGAGGGAGCUGAAUGUACUCCGGCCGGCAGUGUUUGGGGCUCGAUAGCCGAGGACAUUAGCAAUGCCUCCCAACCCACAACUGCCCCAUCGUGACAGUUAGUGGGUGUGUCAAUGACCAGGGAUUCCAUAAUAUGUGCUUCUACCAACAGCCCCUGACGCCACUCCAGCCAGAAAUAGUCUUGCUGGCUAGCAUGAAUGUUUGCCUCUCGCAAUCCCUUGCCUUUCGACAACACCGGUCAACCUAAACAAACCAAAAUAGGUCUUGGCCAAACAUGG